UCUUGUAUCUCUCCCUCCCCCAACUCCGACGCGAGACCGGAUCGCGGCGCAGCAGGAUGGCAGCGCCGCAAGCGUGCGCCUCCUCCGACUCCGAGCUGGAGUUCGCGCGGGCGCGGUGCCGCGCGCUGCACGACCGUCUUGCCGCGUCGCCCGACCUGCCGCGCCAGCCUGCGCUCCGCUCCCUCCUCCGCCUCGUCGCCGCCGAGCUGCGCUUCCUCACCUCGGCCCUGGCCCCGCGGCUCCCGCUCUCCUCCAACCUGCCCCACCUCGCGGCGCUCCACCUCCUCCUCACCCACCCGGCCGUGCAGAGCCCGUCCCGCCUCGCGCCGCUCCCGGGGGUCGACUUCUACUGCGCCUUCCGCGGCCGCCCCGCGUGGGCGCUCGUCUCCGCGAGCAACCCCGCCAGGCUCGCCUGGGUCCCAGGCGGCGGCCUCCGCGCCCGCGUUGCGGCGGUGCUGGCGGCCGCGCGCGGGGCGCCGCCCGCCACCCGCCCCGAGAAGCUGCUCCUCGUCUUCUCCCGCGGCGUCGGCGCGGACAUCGCGCGGGGGCUCGCGGAGGGGUUCGGGGCCGUGGAGACCGACUUGCUCCUGGAGUUCAUCCGCGAGUCCGACGAAGAGGAUGAGGAAGGGUGGGUUGGCGUCGGCUUCCAACCAAGUGAGGAGAUGAGGAGAUUUAGGGCGUUUGAGAUUGAAGUCGUGGAGGGUGGUGUCGAGGUGUUGCCGCCACCGGUGGCCGUAGUGACGGAGGGAAGUGGUGAGGAGGUGCCUUUGGGUUUGGAGGGAGGGUUCGGUGCCUUCGUGGGGAAGAUUAGGACUGAAUCGAGGGAGCUGGUGAAUUUAGACACUACCGCGCUGGUUGCAGUUGUGUCAGGGAUCAGCAAUGGCGGGGUGGGGAAACUGAUGGCUGCACCGGAGGCAGAGACCAGGGCAAGGUUCAAGUGCAACUACAAGUUCGUCAUGGAUCAGGCACAGUCUGAACUGCAGUCCCCCAUACUCCUAGAGUUGGGGAAAGCAGUGCAUGGGAAGCAAUGUAUCAUAUGUGAAACUGUUAACUUGGAGUUCAAAGAAAUUGUUUCGAUGUGCGGUGGGCCUGAGGAGAAAACCAGAGCAAGACUGUUACUGAAACAACUUACGAUUGUCCCAGACAGUCCUUCAGCGCGUAUGAUGGAUCUUCCGACAACAAGGAAGCUAGCGAUGAAGAACAAAAUUGUUUUUGGUACAGGUGACCAUUGGCGUACUCCCACUAUUACUGCCAACAUGGGGUUCGUAAGGGCUGUUUCACAGACUGGUAUGCCUUUGUUGACGAUUGAGCACAGACCUCGCGCACUGAUUGGAUUGUGACAGGCAGAUAGCCAGGCUAUUAGGUGUAGCAGAAAGGAUCCUGAAGUUGUAAUUCUCAAAAUGAAACAAAUCCUGAAGUCGUAGUAAUUUUUGUUGCCUGUUAUUAUUCCUAGAACUAUGAUGUUGUGAUAUCCUAGUUUACUCUAGUCCUGUUUGAUCUGUACAUAAAUGUAUAGCUGGCCCUGUUCCACUGGAGUGUACCUCAGUGAACAACGUUGUCUUCAUUUAUCGUAUAUCUUACUUUCUUCAUACUACCCUAGUAUCUGUAAUUUCGAUCGCCUGAACAAUCAUCACUUCUCAUGAACAAACAAGCCAUAUGACUAUACAUUUUAAUCUUUUUCGGAGA